AUGGCAGACACCACAUCGGUGCCACCACCUUCAUCUUCACAAAAUCAUGAACGAGACAAAGCCAAUCAAAAAGUUCCCUUUUACAAGCUAUUCACUUUUGCUGAUCACCUUGACAAGGCAUUGAUGAGCAUUGGCACGAUCUGUGCCAUAGCUAAUGGGUGGUCACAGCCUCUCAUGACCGUCAUUUUAGGGAAACUCAUCAACACAUUUGGCUCCACCGAUCCAUCCAGUGCUAUCAGGGAAGUUUCCAAGGUUUCAUUAUUAUUUGUAUACCUGGCUAUUGGGACUGGAAUUGCGUCAUUCCUACAGGUAGCAUGUUGGAUUGUAACAGGAGAAAGACAAGCUGCAAGGAUCCGUGGCUUGUACUUGAAAACUAUAUUGAAGCAAGACAUUGCCUUCUUUGACACUGAAACAAAUACAGGAGAGGUAAUUGGGAGAAUGUCUGGUGAUACCAUUCUCAUUCAAGAUGCCAUGGGAGAAAAGGUUGGGAAAUUCAUACAACUUGCUUCAAAUUUUAUUGGUGGCUUUGUGAUUGGUUUCAUAAAAGGAUGGCGAUUGGCUGUAGUAUUGCUUGCAUGUUUACCAUGUGUCGUUGUUGCUGGUGGAAUAAUGUCUAUGUUGAUGGCUAAAAUGUCAAGUCGUGGCCAAGCUGCUUAUGCUGAAGCAGGAAAUGUUGUUGAACAAACAGUGGGAGCUAUUAGAACAGUGGCAUCUUUCACUGGAGAGAAAAAGGCAAUAGACCAGUAUAAUAUAAAGUUAAAGGUUGCUUAUAGAUCAACGGUUCAACAAGCAAUAACCUCAGGGUUAGGAAUGGGGGUACUUUUGCUGAUUAUUUUCUGCACCUAUGGACUUGCCACAUGUUAUGGUUCCAAACUAGUUCUUGAGAAAGGAUACAAUGGUGGAACUGUCAUCACCGUAAUCAUUGCUAUUAUGACUGGUGGAAUGUCACUUGGUCAAACAUCCCCAAGCCUGAAUGCAUUUGCAGCAGGCCAAGCUGCAGCAUAUAAGAUGUUUGAGACAAUUAAAAGAAAGCCAAUAAUUGAUGCUUAUGACACCAGUGGUGUUAUCUUGGUAGAUAUAAAAGGAGAUAUCGAACUCAAAGAUGUUUCCUUCAGAUACCCUGCAAGGCCAGAUGUGCAGAUAUUCUCUGGAUUCUCGUUGUAUGUUCCUAGUGGCACAACUGCAGCUUUAGUGGGUCAAAGUGGAAGUGGGAAGUCUACUGUAAUCAGUUUAUUAGAAAGGUUUUAUGAUCCUGAUUCUGGAGAAGUACUCAUAGAUGGUGUGAAUUUGAAGAAUUUUCAGGUUAGAUGGAUAAGAGAACAAAUAGGAUUGGUUAGUCAAGAACCUAUCUUAUUUGCCGCUAGUAUCAAAGAGAACAUAGCCUAUGGGAAAGAAGGUGCAACUGAUGCGGAAAUAAUAACAGCAAUAAAACUUGCCAAUGCCAAAAAGUUCAUUGACAAGCUUCCUCAGGGUCUUGAUACUAUGGCAGGGCAGCAUGGGACUCAACUUUCUGGUGGCCAAAAGCAAAGAAUUGCAAUUGCAAGGGCAAUUUUGAAGAAUCCAAAAAUCCUUCUUCUUGAUGAAGCAACAAGUGCAUUGGAUGCUGAGUCUGAACGUAUUGUUCAAGAAGCAUUAGAAAAUGUCAUGUCAAAAAGGACUACUGUAGUUGUUGCACAUCGUUUAACAACAAUUAGAAACGCUGACACCAUAGCAGUGGUUCAACAAGGCAAAAUUGUAGAGAAAGGAACUCAUGAUGAGUUGAUCAAAGAUGUUGAUGGUGCUUAUUCACAGCUUAUUCGUCUGCAAGAACGAGCUAAGGAAGACGAAGGUAGCCAUAAUUCUGAAGCAGAGAAGCCAAGUACCAGUUUGAAUUUAGAUUAUCAAACGGCUAAAUCUAGCACCCUGAGAAUAAGCAGAGGUUCAUCAGGGAGACAAUCGCAGUCACAUAGCUUUUCUCUUUCUCAUCAAAGUGGGGCACAUCCACUUGGAGAAACAGAAGAUGUGGAUAUUGAAAGAAGUAAAAUGGAUACUAAGAAUUCCAAAAGGGUUUCUAUAAAACGUUUGCUCUACUUGAACAAACCUGAGCUUCCUGUCUUAUUGCUUGGAUCCAUUGCUGCAAUAGUACAUGGUGUUGUGUUCCCGAUAUUUGGCCUCUUGUUUUCAUCAGCAAUAACUACGUUCUACGAACCUCCAGUAAAACAGCGGAAAGAUGCUAGGUUCUGGUCACUUUUGUAUGUGGGUUUGGGAAUAGUUACUCUAGUGGUCUUACCAGUUCAGAAUUACUUCUUUGGCAUUGCUGGUGGAAAAUUAAUAGAAAAAAUUCGUUCACUGACAUUUGCAAAGGUUGUGCACCAAGAAAUAAGCUGGUUUGAUGAUCCUGCUAAUUCAAGUGGUGCAGUUGGAGCAAGAUUAUCUACUGAUGCUUCAACAGUGAAAAGUCUUGUCGGUGACACCUUGGCCCUCAUUGUGCAAAACAUAUCAACAAUCACAGCAGGUCUAGUAGUAGCAUUCACUGCUAAUUGGAUUCUUGCUCUCAUAAUUCUGGCUGUGUCACCCUUGGUCCUUAUGCAAGGAUUCCUUCAAAUGAGGUUUUUAAAAGGAUUCAGUGCAGAUGCUAAGGUUAAGUAUGAAGAGGCAAGUCAGGUGGCAAAUGAUGCCGUUGGUAGCAUCAGAACCGUGGCAUCAUUUUGUGCUGAAUCCAAGGUGAUGGAUAUGUACAGGAAAAAAUGUUUAGAGCCCGAAAAACAAGGUGUUCGGUUGGGACUUGUUAGUGGUGCAGGAUUUGGUCUCUCUUUUUUGGCUCUAUACUGCACAAAUGCUUUUUGUUUCUACAUAGGAUCUGUUCUUGUGCAACAUGGGAAGGCAACUUUUUCUGAGGUUUUCAGGGUUUUCUUUUGUUUGACAAUCACAGCAAUUGGUAUUUCCCAGACUGCUGCCUUGGCACCAGACACUAACAAGGCCGAAGAUUCAGCAGCUUCAAUAUUUGAAAUUCUUGACAGAAAACCUGCUAUUGACUCCAGCAGCAAUGAGGGUAGAACACUAGAAACUGUGGCUGGUUAUAUUGAUCUGCAAUAUGUCAGCUUUAAUUACCCAACUAGGCCUCAUGUUCAAAUUUUCAAAGAUUUGUGUCUAAGCAUUCCUGCUGGAAAGACUGUUGCCUUGGUUGGAGAAAGUGGUAGUGGAAAAUCAACAGUGAUUAGCCUCUUAGAGAGAUUUUAUAACCCUGAUUCUGGACGUGCACUACUAGAUGGAAUGGACAUAAAAGAGUUCAGACUAAACUGGUUGAGGCAACAGAUGGGUUUGGUCGGUCAAGAGCCUAUUCUUUUUAAUGAAAGCAUUCGUGCCAACAUAGCAUAUAGCAAGGAGGGAGGUGCUACAGAGAAUGAAAUAAUUGAAGCAGCUAAAGCAGCCAAUGCACACGAGUUCAUAAGUUCUCUUCCAAAUGGUUAUGACACCAAUGUUGGAGAAAGAGGCACGCAACUUUCCGGAGGGCAAAAACAGCGUAUUGCCAUUGCAAGAGCCAUGCUGAAAGACCCCAAAAUCCUUUUGCUUGAUGAGGCAACUAGUGCACUUGAUGCAGAGUCAGAGAGAAUAGUCCAAGAGGCUCUAGAUAGAGUUAGUGUGAGCAGAACCACUGUAGUGGUAGCUCACCGUCUUACAACAAUUAGGGGUGCUGACAUGAUAGCAGUGAUAAAAAAUGGGGAGGUUGCAGAAAAGGGUAGGCAUGAUGAUUUGAUGAAGAUCACCGAUGGAGUUUAUGCAUCAUUGGUAGCUCUACACAUGAGUUCAUCAUAA